AUGACCACCACGGUCAUAGCGGCUACGACGACCAAAGUAAAGCGCCGCGAACCGUUGGGGACGAUUGGAAUGGCGGCCUCCCAGGCGCAAUCGCGUUCGGCGGGCGCGUCUGGCAGGACUGCUGGUAAACGGAGUGCUCGCCUAGGCGCAGCGCAAGAUGGAUUGGGUGAAAUGACGAACAAAGGUGGGAAGCGGCCAGCGGUAUACGAGGAAGACGAAGACGGAUUCCAGUUUUCGCGAAAACCCUCAAAAAAGCCAAGGCCGUCUGUGGAGCCGGCUUCAGGGAAUCCACAGUCGGACUUGGAGAACGCGCCUCCAAAAUCGACUCCAAAGAGGGGGCGACCACCGAAGAAACAGAAAGAUAGCGCCAGUGCAGCUGCAGUAUCAGUAAAGGGGCCAACAACUGAGCUCCCAACAAGGAGGCCGACCAGAGGGAAUGGAAAUAAGGCAGAUGUACAACCGGCGUCAGAGUCACAGCCAACGCAGAUGACGCGCUCACCACGAAACCACGAACCUCCUUCACCAGAAUUACCCCCAGCAAAGGAAAGGAAACGAGGGCGCCCGGCCCGACCGAAGAAUCCAGAACCGAAUGGGUUUAAGUCGCCUGAGCCACCGUCCGUAGCAAUGCCUCAUCCGAAAGUCGGAACUGAAGAAUUCUUCAAACACAUUGCUGAUAGUGGUCUUCCAGAGCCACGGAGGAUGCGACAACUUCUGGUCUGGUGCGCCACUCGUGCGAUGGGCGCUGAGAAAUCGAGCUCACGCUCAGAGGAUCCGAGUGCCCGCUUAGCAGCGCGUGUUAUUCAAGAAGAAAUCCUGAAGGACCUUUCUACGAAUGACCUCUUAUCCAACUGGUUUAGCCGCGAAGACGUGAAUCCUCCCACGAUCGUGGUCAAAAAGCCGAAUCCGAGAAAUGUGCAAAAUAUGGACAAGAUCAAGGAAUUGGAGGAACAUAUUCAAAAACUCCAAAAAGAGCGACAUGCUCUGAAUGCCCUCCAUAAGCAACCCACGAUUCCACCAGUCACCAGUGACCCCGAAAUGCAACCCAAGCGCAAAGCACAGACAUCACCUUACGACCACAUCGACACCUCUCUCCUUGACCCCUCUCAACAAGCCCUUCUUGCGUCACUCCAUCCUCCAGCUCAAACAUCUUCCGAGGACAAGUCCUCAUCUUCGAGGUCAUUACCACCUGUCUCGCCCUCAACCGUUUCAACUCGUCUUUCCAAAAUCACCACAGGACUCGCUCCUACCCUCGACGCUUUUGCGGCUGGAAUUCACGAUAUCGAACUGUAUCGAUCAUCGGCAGAUGCUGUAUCAUCACGAAUACUACGCAUUUGCUCCCAGCGGCUCGAAGAGCGCGAUGCAUUGAAUACCCAGCAAUGGCUCGCAAUCGAGGGUAAUGAUAAUGAAUCACAUACUCCAGGAGAAGGCCGUGCACGUCGACGAGAAGACCUCGGAAUGGUCCUCGGCGCACUCAGCCGAAUCGAGCGACGGUAG